GAAAAUUUUGACAAUAUCCGAGUAAUCGGGGGUCUUUGGGGUCAUGACGUGUCAGUGACCCACGAUUGGGGUCAAACUUAAGAUUUUGCAACACCACGCGAAGUUUCUGCAAUCAACGUUGAUAUCGAGAGGCAUUCGAGGAUGCCUUUAUUGAAGUCGCCACCGACCCUUCAAACAUCGUGCCUGGAGGUGGUGUGUAGGCAGCCCCAGGAGGAGUGGAACAGACCACACAUCACCACAUGGCUUCCUAAGAUCACCAGCAACACAGGCCAGCCAUACAACAUCAGUGCAAACUUGUACCAGGCUUUGUUUGAUCAUCUGGUCCAGUCGGAGCGGCUGCAGCCCUGGCACCUGGAGUAUGUGGCACAUGAGAGUCUGAAGAAUCUGCGCUUUGAGAAUUGUAAGAACAUCCUUGACAACGACACUGCCCUGCUCAUCUCUAUGAGAUGCCCUAACUUGCAAGAUGUCUUCCUCAACUCAUGCACACAGAUGCCACUCUUGGCUGUUAGCUUUUUGACGUGUAGUUUCCCCCAGUUGAGGAUUCUUGACAUCACCAGUACCAAGGCAGACGACCAGGCCAUGGCCAUGAUGGCAAAUGAAUGCCCAGAGCUCCAAAAGCUAGACAUGUCAUCGACCAACGUGACAGACAUCGGCUUGUUUGAGUUAUGCGGUCUGAGGGAAUCAGGGAAGGGGUGCAAGAAAAUCAACCGUCUCAUGAUACACAACAUUCAAGUCACACUGUUUGGACUGUCCUAUGUGAUAAAGGCUUUAAAACAGCUGGUACAGCUUGGCACCGACCUGAACACUGGUCUAGUGCUGUACGGCAUUUAUCACGACUAUCUUCUGUAUGACCUUCCCUUGAGCCCUCUCAAGCUCGACAACGUCAGCUUUUCUUCUCAAUUGCUGGACUCCUUGCCGGUGCCUGCUUCAUACAUCCAGGCACUGAAGCUGUGCCCCAACCUGACCAUACUCACACUACGCUCAGCUAUGCUGGAAAAUGUAGACGAAGAGAUUGUGCAGAGUCUUUCCCUGCUGGGUCACUUGGAGGUUGAGGAGGAAGAGUACAGACAGCUCACGUUUCAGACGGAGGUUGUUCCCUUCCUGAGCAAGGUGGGUGCGAAAUUGCAAACGCUCACAUUCACGGGCUUCUCAGAUGUGGACUUGCUUGCUGUCUCAGUCCACUGUCCUAAUGUGAUAGACAUAACACUAGAGAAUGUGCAAGGUUUUGCCGAACAGCCGGCCCAGCAGUUAAAGGACUCUGCGUUCGAAGAUCUUGACUCACUCAUCAUCAUGAUUAACGAUGAAGUGCCACAAGAGCCCGUCAAAUACCAGCUGGAGCGAGUGCUGAAAAAUUCGCCCAAGUUGACAUUGCUCCACCUGUGGGGUGUGGACUGCUUCACGGAUGACUUCAUGACCAACAUAAUGAAGUACAACAAGUUUGAGUCUCUCCGUAGCUUGCGUCUGAUCGAGUGUCAUGGUGUUUCACGGAAAACCAUCGAGGCUUUGAUGGACACAGCAGAUUACUUCUGUGAGGUGAUCGUGGACACGUGUGACAAACUGAAGAAGUCAGACCUGGAGGACAUAAAGAAGCUUGCGGCCACUAAGAACCUUUCCUUCUCUGUUAUACAAAGCUGGGGGAGGCCGAUGGAGACAAACAAUGGAGAAGCACAGUGGGCAGCAAUGUAAGCUGGCUUGAUAAAAAGUGAUGUUUCAGAUUAAAGUUUUGCAGUGUUUCUGAGGAAAAUGUUUAACUGAAAUCACUUUGAGUUCUUAAAAAUCCAUGUACAUGACAUUGUACAAACAUACAGUAACUUCUUAUGGUGCAUCAAUAUAAAUAAGCCAUGCACAGUCAAUCUUUUGGUUUCAGUUCUUGUGUAUUUCAAAGAGUUUUGAUGAGUAUCCAAAGCAUUUUUGAGAAAUAUGAGAGUACGCAAAUGUUAAACAUUACAAGCAGAAAUUCAAGAAGUGGAAAAUGCAUUAUAUUUUUUUUUUACAAAAAGGGAACAAAAAAUAACAUUGGCUAUUGUAAUCCACUUUGAACUUCUCUUCAGCUAGUAUCAUCACAUGUCAGGUGCUUGGUCUUGAUUUCGUAUUUCAGCUGUUUUCAUCGCAUUUUACUAAUGGUAGUGAAUUUAGAAUUUUGUUUUAAUACACUUUAAUUGGAAUCAUUCCAGCAUUCUCUUUUAUUUAUUUAUCUUUGUCUUCCUAACACUAGAAAUACCCACAAAGGUCCAACGACUGAUAGCACAUGUAUCAUGAUAUAAUCAUUGCUAUGUUGAAUUAGUUGCUGUCAUAUUGAGGUUGUUAGGUUGAAGAUGUUAAAAUAAUAUUAUGACAAUAACAUUACAAACAUGCAAUAGAGCAUGAUCAUGAUCAUGGUUAUUAUGAUGAUUUACAUGAUGAUUAUUAUGAUCCUAUGCUAAGUCAAAUAAAGGGCUCACAUAAAUCCAAGGUAAUUUGUUUUAUAUUUGAUAGAGGUAGAAGAGAUACCAGUAAGUACAUCAUUGCCUGUGAAAAACUAUAAUGGCUCUACUGUAUACAUAAGUUUAUGGCUGCAUACCUACAUGUACAUGUAACAUCAGAUACAGGUACCAGUACAGAGGUUUAGGUACCUGUCCAUCCCUGUCCCUCAGUACAUGAAAAAACUUCCUGCAUGAAAGAGCAGUUGCGAAUUAGAUUCGCUGUCCCUGGGUGUCACUUUGGUUUCGUUUAGCAUGAAGCCAUGGGGGUAGGAGAUGAAAGCUAAUGAUAAAAACAUUUCAAUUUUAAAGACAGCUCUCAUUCAAAGUUUCAGCACUGCAGUUAUGUCUUUUCCAGUGCUAAAUUUUCAUCUUUGUGGUAAGAUUUACACAUCUUCAGUCACAAAGUCAGCAUAUACUAUGUAUGAAUUUUUGUCACUACAGUACCGGUAUUUUAUGAUCUGGUAUAUCAGACCUGUACCGAAUCAAUUCUCACAGUACAGUACUGCCAUGCAGCCGUAAUUGUGCACAUUCGUGAGAUUGUAUGUCGUGAAGUCAAGAGUGAAACUCAUAUUCAGGAUAAAAAGAGGUUAUUACAACACAAAAAUGUAUUGUUUUUUCAUUGCUAAUGGUCCUGCUGUUGACAGAAGUCUGGAUCUAUCAUAGCAUCUUUCAAAGCUCUUAUAGAACAAGUUAAUUCAUGCUGCACUGCUCCAACAAACUACUUAUCUUCGGUUCUGGUGGUGUUUAGAUUUACUCACUGCCAAGCCAUGAAACUUUUCGGCAGAUGAUACAGUAUUCCAAUAGUAUAAGUAGUCCAGGGCUUCUUGUGGAGAGGGAACAAUGACUAUGCCGCCUUCUACCCUGGGGAGCAGAUCCUAGAAUUCUGCUUGACUGGGGAUGCCACUACAUCACAACAGUCUUCAACUAUGACUUUUCUGACAGUGAUUUUACCGCUCAUGGUACCUUAAAAUGCCCCAUCUUAACUUAAAAUUCUCUCAAAUUCUACAGCAGUAAUAAAGGGGUGAACUUUCCAUUUCACACUAUCCCCCUCCACACACACUUGGUACCUUCGCUUCCUUGCUAUGCUCAUGUUAUCAUUUCCAAAAAAAAAAAAAAAC